AUGAACACUGAGUUAGGUCCUGACAUACCUCGUAGGUGUCCUUGCGGCGCACCGACCGUUGUCCUAACUUCAAAAACAAAGGAAAAUCCCGGUAGAAGAUUCUACAGAUGCGGAGUAGUGUUUGGGGAAAAUCAAUUGUUCAAAUGGGCAGAUGAUGCCAUGUUGGAGGAGAUUGAAUCACUUUCGGUCAAACAUGAGGACAGAAUGAUUUGA